CUGCUUCCCUCCUCCCAGUCCUGGCAGCCCUGGGGGCCGCUCGCGCAGCCUCCGCUCGAUGGCGCGCUCCGCCCUGCUCCUGGCCCUGGCCGCCCUCGGCGCCACGGGCGCGCGGGCGGGCGCCUGCGCUCCAGGGGCCCGCGUGCCGUGCCCCGGCUCGAGCGGCACGUGCGCGGGCGACCAGUGCUGCCCUGGCUUCGCCGGCUCGGGCGGCGGCUCCUUCCCGUGCCCGUCGGCGAGCGGCGGCUACUUGGGGUGCGAGAACAGUACGAAGGUCGCGGACUGCCUGCCCAGCUCCCUGAGGGGCUCCCUGGCGCAGCAGAGGCUCCGGGCGCGCAGCGCCUGCGCGGUCGGGGCCCACGUGCAGUGCCCCGGCUCGAGCAGCAUGUGCGCGGGCGACCAGUGCUGCCCCGGCUUCGCCGGCUCCGGCACCUUCCCGUGUCCGUCGGCGAGCAGCAGCUUCGCAGGCUGCGAGAGCAGUACGAAGGUCACGAGCUGCCUGUCCAGCUCCCAGGGGGAGGGGGCGCAGUGCGGCAGGAGCGGCUCCACCGGCUACUUCUACGGCGACUGCGCCGGCGGCUUGGUGUGCGUGCCCCCCGCCGCGGGCUCCCCGCCGGGCGCGCAGAGCAUCUGCCGCGGGCUGUGCGGCAGCUUCGGGGGCGGCGGCGACUUCCUGAACGCCUCCUGCGCGGAGGGGCAGGCGUGCUCCGGCAGGGCGGCGCUGCCGUGCCGGGAGUGGGCCGGCGAGUGCUACCUGUACUGCACCCCCUCCGGCCCUGCCGUCACCACUACGGCGACGACGACGACCACGACCACGACCACGACGACGACAACGACGACUCGGACCACCAGCUCGAGCGGCCCCGGUUGCACGGAGCUGUCUGGCAUUUACUGUGGAGGCCAGGGCCAGGAGUGCAACUGCAACUACUGCGACGACUUCUGCCAGGACACCGCGUGCGCGAGGACUUGCAGGGUUCUGAACGGCUACUUCUUCUCCCCAGCCCAGUCCACCUGCCAGUUUUGGUCCGCAGCCUACGUCACCAAUCCGAGUCCUGACGCGAGCGGGAACUCCUGUGGGUGGAUGCAGGGCAAUGGCCAAGGAGGCAAUGGAGACGACUGCCGCAACUGCGACCAGUACGCCGCGGCGUGCCGCAGGGCGAACCCGAGCGGCAACUGCAGGGCUUGA